UCGAACGGCUCUUUCACGGGCUCUGCGUUGCUGAAGCUCUUGUCAAAGCUCGCUCACCAUCGCUCGUGCCCUCGCGCGCAAUCUCUCGCAUCUGCGCAAUUGGCAGUGGAAGCUCAUCGACAGACACCGCAUCACAGUCCAGUAACCAUGAUUCGAUUUAUACUUCUUCAGAACCGGCAAGGGAAAACUCGCCUGGCUAAGUAUUACAUUCCGUUGGAGGACUCGGAAAAGCACAAGCUGGAGUAUGAGGUUCACAGGUUGGUCGUUAACAGGGAUCCGAAGUUCACCAAUUUUGUUGAGUUUCGAACACACAAGGUGAUUUAUCGACGUUAUGCUGGGCUUUUCUUCUCACUGUGCGUUGAUAUUACGGACAACGAGCUGGCGUAUCUUGAAAGUAUUCAUUUGUUUGUGGAGAUAUUGGAUCAUUUUUUUAGCAACGUCUGUGAGCUGGAUUUGGUUUUCAAUUUCCAUAAGGUGUAUUUGAUAUUGGAUGAGUUCAUUCUUGCUGGUGAAUUGCAAGAAACCAGCAAAAAGGCAAUUAUUGAAAGAAUGGGCGAACUGGAGAAACAAGACUAGAUUUUAUCCUUCCAGUUUUUGGUUUGAGUUUCAUCUCACAGCUUAGAAAGUCGGUAUGUCUUCUGGGUUGGGCGUGAGAAGUUUUUGGUCUCAACUCUUCAUCGUUGUGUGAACCUUGCUUGCUACAAGAUUAAAGAACAGAUUCUUUUAGUUGUAGACAUGAUGUAUUUCUAUUCAAGUUUCAGUAGGUAGGUUAAGCCUAUAAAGACGAGGCAGGAUCAUCAGCUUACUAGAUUAAAGAUUCAUUUUCAGAAUGGAGACAAGAGACCCAAUUUGUGAAUUGUUACUGUGGCAUGUUGCCUUUAUAGCAAGAGGAAAAUUGUGUUGCUUCUGAAGUGUUUUUUCUUGUUUAUAAUUCAAAUCAACCAUGUUAUUCA